UACAACUCACCUCCCUCAGACAGCUCAGUUCUCUUUAAAGGUCUAGGGAGCUCUGAGGAAUACCCUUUGUAUCCCUUCCUGCAUAAUGAGCACUGUACUUCCCUGCCAAGACCAGUACUUUGUAGGGGGCCAGAACUAUGAUUGCCCCUAUUCCGUCCCGACGUCAGCAGACGGUGUUGACGUUUCCAAGGAAACACUGGUCUCCGUUUGGGCCGCUGGUCUCCUGGACAACACAGCCUGCCAGCACGAGCCACAGCAGCAGGACCAAUUUUGUUACUUUGAUUCUGGAACCCAGCAUGACUUUACUUGGAACGACCACUUAUCACCACAUCUGCAGAGAAAUAAGCAGCUUCAGGACACUUUGUUACAGAAAGAAGAAGAGCUGGCGAGGUUACACGAUGAAAACAACAAACUGAGAGAAUACCUGAAUUCUGCCUUUGUGAAAUCUUUGGAAGAAAAAACGAUGAAACUUCUGCACAGCUCUCAGGGAGGAGAAGGAAGAUUGAAAAAGAGGAAGCGGAAGUCGGAAAGCGACGGAAGCUUCCGGGGCCUCACUGCCAGCCAGCUGCUCCCAGGGACGAACCGGAAGAGGACGAGAAGGAACCUGACGCUGGAGUUCUGCUCUGCUGAGGAGCUUGCCAGUACUCCUUCUGUUGACUCCUGGGUCCUCCAAACCCUGGGUCUGAAGGACAUCAACACAAUCGACGACUCAGCUAACUACAGUGCCAACUCAGAGGAUCGCCUGCCGUCUUUAGAUGGUCCGAGUGCCAUUCAGACCACUAGUGCAAUGGACUAUGCCAGUCAUAUGCCCUCUGCUGCAGGAUUUUGCCCGGAGCCAAGGGUAGAAAUGGACUACACUGCCAACCCAUGUAGCUUAGAUUCAAGCAGCCUGCUACAAGCUUGCAUCGGUCAACAGCAACCUUUGUCAAUUAACACUGCGCCUCCUCCGUACGUGUCACCUUAUGGAUUGGACAUUUCCAAAAAUAAAACAGAAGUCGCCUUUACCAUGUCCCUCAACCCCCACAGCAAUGUUAAGACACACAGCUUUGAGCAGGGCCAAGCAUUCAUACGCAGGGACGAGCAAGGUGGCUGGAAGUUUACAUGGGUCCCCCGACAAUCUGAUUAGCUUCAACUACCACUGCCGUUUGCAGAAGAAACCUGUAUUGUUUACAAACUUAAUAAUGCACUUGAAUAAGCUCAGAUAAUACUUGAGCUAUUCAUUAAAGUAGAGCAAUUGUUUUGUCAGUGUGUGCGUGUGGGGGGUUUACUUUUAUUUAUUUUUAUAAAAUAUUUAUAGUUACAGACCCUAAGCUGAUUAAUUUUGAUACAGUUCGUAAUAAUGUAGCAUAAUGCACAAAGUAAUAAUAAUGUAGUGCAAUUAAAGUGCACUUAAACAUGAUUAAAGCAGGAGCUAAAUAAACUACCUCAUAAAGUGCACAUAGUUUGAAAUGUGCUCAUUAACAACGGCGUUAAAAAAUAGGUUUUGAUAUGAAACUUCCUGCACAUUUCAAAACAGUUUGAUGUCCGUAAGAAGAAUCAGAAAGUCUAAAUUGUUAUACUUAAUUUCUGAUCUUGCUAUUUGCAUCUGUAAUACGCAAAUUUUACACCUUAAGUAAUUGUCUCAACUGUACUGUAACACAGUAUGAUGCACUAUAGUUACCUCUCUAUCCUUAGAGACUUAUUAAUUUCCAUUGAGAUUUUGAAGAAAUUUUGCUAGAUCACUGCCACAAUAUCACAUGCAAAUGUAUGUGUGUUACUCUUCUCUAGACCUUUAGCAACCUUUAUGUGGAAUCCCCCACACCUAUAAUUCACUAGCAGAACAAUGACAGAAUGUUAAGUUGUUUCUCCAGUUGGGAACCUGCACGACAGUUUUUGAAAGUAAGGGAUCAUCAUUUUGUACAUUAAAGAUACAAAAAAACAGGUACAAAUACAUCAUAAUAGUACUUUCUCACAUAGGAGUUUCUGUAUUUAAGGUAAAAAAGUAUUUUUUAAGUAAAAUCCAUUAAAAAUACAAAAAGGCCUACAUUCUUUACUGUAAAUUAAGAAACUAAAUAUAAAGUAAAACAUGACAUACCAUAAAUUUAUGAAGUAAAUUUUCCUUUAGAUUAUAUAGAGCAAAUGUCUCAUUGCCUGUUUUAUGUGUAAUUUACCUCAUUAACAGGGAGAUAAUAUUUUCAAUUGUUUCUUUAAUUUUAUAGAUUACGUAAAUAAAGACAACCCUUAAAGCUUACAUCUUAUGUUUUUCUUAUUGUUAUUUUUUUCAUUUUGUGAAUGCUGCAUUUUCUUUUUUUUAAAUAGCAUUGGAAUGACACAUGGAACUCCUUUUUACUUGAAUAACUUAGUUUAUUUGUCUCAUAAAAAAAACCUUUAUUGCCAUAGGAUUAAACUAAAGCAGUUUGUAGCUGCUUUUUAAAAAUCUGCUGCUGUUGAAAUGUUUGGUUUUUUUUUUCUGUCCUGAACAAAUAUUGUCUUUGGACACUAAAAUAUGUCAUUAAAAUGUGCUUUGUACUUUAAUCACGGUAACAUUUAAUGUAAUUUAAUUGUGCAUUUUGACGUUUGUGACUCUUGUAAUAUAUUCUAACUGUAAAAAAGACUAAUGGAGUAUAGAUUUUUAAUUUUUUUAUUAUUUUACUAUAAAUAAA